AUGAUGAAUGAUGCCAUGAGUCUUGGAAUUCAUCGACUUUGGAAGGACUACUACGUUUAUGGUCUACCGCUCAAGCCUGACUCAAAGGUUCUAGACGUGGCAGGAGGGACGGGAGAUAUUGCCUUUCGUCUGCAUAGAAAAAUGAAAACGGCAAGAUUACUGUGGUGGAUAUUAAUCAGAAUAUGCUCGACGUUGGUAAAGAACGUGCAAAUAAAGAUCCAUCAGUUGACCCGAAGAGGUUUGAAUGGAUUUGUGCAAAUGCGGAGAAGCUACCAUUCGACGAUAAUUCUUUUGAUGCGUAUACUAUUUCUUUUGGAAUCCGCAACUGCACCCACGUUGACAAGGUGA